AAUCCGUACUGUUGUUCUAAUUCUAAAUCUGUUAUUGUGUUGAGUAUGUCUGGUGGGCACCAACGUCACGCAGUUAGUAUUCCUGUGAAUCGUGAGCAACGGUCAUUUGAGAGGCAGAGACGUGACCUGUUAACUGGCCUGGAACACGGUGGUGGUACUCAUCGUGGCAACCUAAUCGCACCGUACACGGAAGACUGGCCGAGUACUGUGGACAGCUGGAUCAACUCCUCGUGGAGGAGAUGGGAUGAAGACAUGCGACGUUUGAGACGUGGAAUGUUCGCACUAUUACCGGUGGACAAUUUCACCCACGGGAUUUUGGAAAAUCCAUUCGCUUUAAUGCACCAAAUGGAUCGUCAUAUCCAGGAUAUACGAGAGAGAAUGGGUUCAAUGGAUGUGCCGUCGACCGGUUCAGUGAGUGACUUUUUAAAGGACGCCUACGAAAUAGGUGAGGAUGGCAAGGUACAUUUCAAGGUACGAUUCGAUGCACAAGGUUUCGCUCCCCAGGACAUCAAUGUGACGUCGAGUGAGAACCGUGUGACGGUACACGCGAAGAAGGAGACGACGACCGAUGGUGGGAAGUGUAGUCGGGAGUUCUGUCGUAUGGUGCAGCUGCCGAAGAGUAUUGAUGAUAGUCAACUGAAAUGUCGCAUGACCGAUGUAAGUUGUCGAGUUGACGACUGUGGUUGCUGGUGGUUUUGUGUGUGUUGUAUUUGUAGUUGUUUGCAUUUCCAAUCAUUUUAGAAUAGUUGGAAGUUUCGUUCCAUCUUGUUCUGUGUGUUUGUUUGUCUGUCCGUUUCAGGAUGGUGUUUUGAUGUUGGAGGCUCCAGUGAAGGUUGAUCAGAAUCAGUCGUUGACACUGAACGAGUCUGGUCAGGUUGGUGUUCGACCGAAAUCGGACAAUCAGAUUAAGGCAGUUCCUGCGUCGCAAGCACUUGUUGCGAAAGGUGUUCAUGGUCUGUCGUAUGUGGAUGAUGGUUCAGGUGGCAAGCGAUUGCAUGUUGAGGUUCCAGUGGACCCAGUGUACAAGCCUGAAGACUUGUGUGUGAAUGUUGAUUCGAAUCGUGUUGUGGUUAGUGGACGUCAUCAUAAGCAGAAGAGUGGUCAAUAUGGAAAGUCGAGUUCAUUUGCAGAGUUCAGUCAGUCGUAUGCGAUUCCAGAGACAGUUGAUCCGCUAUCUGUUUCUGCUCAGGUAGUUGGUAAUACAUUGGUAUUGGAGGCACCGUUGGAGAAGCAGCAUGCAAUUACUCACUAGAAGAGAAUAUGUUUUACUAAACUAUUCGUUGCUUAAUGUUAAAAUAUUGAUGUGAUUUUUCUGAAUAAAUAUUUCUAAAUUGC